GCAAUAUUUACUCACAGGUGACUGUUGUCCCACCGAAGACUGGACAUUUGUUGGUGGGCAACUUUUGUCCGAACACGAAGGGUGGGUCCAUAGCCAUCAAAUGUUGCCGUCUCUCAAGUUCUCAUCCUACUUGUGGGGUUCACUGUAACCUAUACUGUUGCAGGUCUGACUUGGUAUAGCUGAGUCCCACUCCCCAAUAGCUUUUAACCCAAUGACAAGGAACAUGGUGAAAUUGAAGAAUAAUGGAAAGUUAUAUUGAGUGCUGCUACAAACCUUCAAGGGCUUUCAGGUACUUGAAAAGCUACAUGUAUGCAAGAAUCCAACGGUAGAGUUUGUUGGCUACAACUCAAGGUUUCUAAUGGCCACCCCAGGAGAAGCCUCUUUGAGAUGCACAGCAUGUGUUUGUUGGAAAGUUCAGCAACUGUUGCCCCUCAGAAAAGGCAUUUUGGCCGUGUAGAUGUCAUCAUCUUUUGACACGAUUGUCCAACCCAUGAGUGACCCCUUUGGCAUUUUAGGAAGCGGCUUGCUCUUCUGUCGCUCGCUUGCCUUAAAAACUGAUAAGAGAGCGUGCCGACUCCCAUCCCAACAAGACUUGGAAGCUGAAAGCUGAAGAAGAAGAAGAAGAUGGAAACUCCUCCGUCAGAGCUGCUGCCGCCGCAACCUGGUGUCGAUCUCUCCCUCACCUUGGCUCAGUCUUCGACCAGCGGCGCUGACAGUGGCAGUGGCAGUGGCAGUGGCCAUGACCGUGACGCAAGGGACGUCAGGCUCUUCCCUUGCCUCUUCUGCAACAAGAAGUUCCUCAAGUCCCAGGCUCUUGGCGGCCACCAGAACGCCCACAAGAAGGAGCGAAGCGUGGGGUGGAGCUCCCACCUCUACCUCCCACCCCCCGCCACCGUCGCCGUCCCUCCUCACCACCUUAACCCCUAUUCCUUCCCCAUCGCCUCCCACUCGUGCAAGCCUGCUGCCUGCACCAGCCACGGCCUGUCUGACGGCUAUGGUGCCCCCCGCUUGGUGGCCGACCGCGGUGGCCUCGCGUUCCCACCGCCACCGAUGAGCUGCUCCGCCUGGUGCAACGAGACCAUCGACCUCCUGAAUUGGCAGCGGGCUUCCCACCCCCACCGGCCAUCAUCACCACACCUCCCUUCUCCUCCUCCUCCUACUCCUCCCGUUUCAUCCCAUGGUGACGACAAGGCCAUGCUCGAUCUCUCCCUAAAGCUCUAAUCCUUAAGGACAGUGUUUGCUGCAGUACGAAGUCAGUAGCCGAUUACUACUUGUUUUCUGCUCCGUGUCGUCUUCCGUAAGUGGCUCUGCUGCAGCCCAUGGAAAGAAGUCUGUGCAUGAUACGUCCAUAAGCUUCUUCUGUGCAUGGUGGGUGGUGGGACGUCGACACAACGUGGAGGUCACAUCAUGUUCCCUUCCACUCAAGUUAUUCAUCACCUUUGUUUGAAAAGUUAAGCCCAUCAAUCAACCUGCGUUUGGGCCAUCCUGCGUCUUUUCAAGAGCAUGAUGGAGCUGACGACAUGAUUGGGAUCCCCUCUCUUUCUCUCUCUCUCUCUCCCUCCCUCGAUGGACGUGCAGUUUGGGCGCCCUGCCAUGGCCGUGUGGUGUGGGAUUAGCACAUUACCGAGUGUUUUGAUGUAACACCGAGUGAUUGAUUUGAGGUCUCAAACAGUGUGAUGCAUCAUGCCUAACACGGUUGAUUGCCAUUCCAAACUCGAGGAAUCUUCUGCUGUUGUUGCUAAACCCUGUGCUUGUGAUUUGAUCGCUUUGUGUUGCGUCGUCGGAGUAGCCCAAGUUUAGGUAUCUAAUCUACAUUUAGCAAGUCCCUAGAUAUACCUCGGUAGCAUGUAUUUAAUGAUGUUGAAACCUAUAUUUAUAUUGGUCAAAUAUAAGAAAUCAUUUACUCCAUAAGAAUGAUAGAACAUAUAUUUUAGA